AUGUAUGAAGCAAAAAUGAGAUCGAAGGGUAGUGGGAAAAUUUUGAUGUCCGAAAGGGGUAAAUUACAGAAAAUUAAAUUUCUUUAUCGAUUAUUUCAAGCAAAAGAGGGAAAAGAUCCCGGUGAUUUAUUGACAUUAAAGCCAGCAAUGAUACCAAUUUAUAGUAAUGUUAGGCUUAAAGGUACGAGAGUAUCUGAUAUGACAGCUAUAGCUCAUUGGAAUAGUCAAUCAAGCCUCAGCGCGAAUGCUGAAUUAUCACAAAUCUUGCAACUUUUAAGUGAAAAAGCAAAACAUGCAACGGAAGAUAUUACUCGACUCAAACAACUUAACGAUGCUAUUUCUGUGAAUUGCUUUGAUUUUCAACAUCGAUUAACAGUACAAAUUGAUUCAUUAAUUGAACAAUUACAACAGAGAAAAGAAAAGCUAUUACAAUAUGUGGAAGAAGAAAAAGAAUUCAAGAGACGAACAUUCAAAGAGCAAAUUGGACGUUGUACCACGAAAUUGUCAAAGACAACUGCUCUCAUACAAUUCUGUAUUGAAAUUCUCAAAGAACCUGAUCCGGCAACUUAUUUACAAGUAAGUAGCGCAUUGAUCAAUCGUGCUACAACGCAGGAAUUCCUAUGGCAUAAAGAGAUGCAAACAACACCCGAAGCGGAUCCGGAUUUCAUAUUAAAUUUAGAUGUGAACAAUUUACAGUACGCCAUACAAACAUUAGAUUUUGCUCAAUUGAAAGUACCAAAUGCGCCUUUAAUUGAAACAUCGGAAUGUAUCGCUGAAAAUAAUUCAGUAACAGUUUCCUGGAAAGCACAAAAUGAUGAUUGUACAAUUGAUGGUUAUAUAUUAGAAAUUGAUUCCGGUUCUGAAGAUGGAUUAUUCAAGGAAGUAUAUUGUGGCAGAGAUACAAUAUGUACAAUUGAUGGCUUGCAUUUUAAUACAAUUUAUAAUGCGCGAGUUAAAGCAUUUAAUUCAGCCGGUGAAAGUUCAUAUAGUGAUAUGAUAUGUCUUCAGACAGCUGCUGUAGCAUGGUUUCAAUUGAGCAAAUCAACUUCACCAAAUGAUUUAACCAUAUCCAAUGAAUGUAUGUCAGUAACCGGAACAACAAUGGAAUAUAGGACGUUAUGCGGUUCCAUUGCUUUUUCCCGCGGAAUACAUUACUGGGAGAUAACGGUGGAACGUCAUGCAGGAAAUGCAGAUGUUGUAGUUGGUGUAGCACAAAAUGCUUUCAAUCGCCAUAUUAUGCUUGGAAAAGAUUUACACGGUUGGUCAAUGUAUAUCGAUGGAGAACGUUCGUGGUACUUGCAUAACGGAAUGCAUCAUAGUCGAGUUAUCGGUGGUAUCGGUAUCGGAUCCGUAAUCGGUGUACUAUUAGAUUGUGAUAAGGGUACUCUUGCAUUUUUUGUCAACGAUACGCGACGUGAUUAUGAAGGACAAUUGGUUGCAUUUCGGAAUAUGCCACGUGGUUUGUAUUAUCCAGCAUUUAGUGUCAACUGUGAUACAUUAAUAACGGUACAUACCGGUUUGGCUAUCCCGUCAAGCUCAGGAAGCAGUGAUUGCAGUGAUACAUGA